CUCAGAGCCCGUGUUGCUGCGCUGCACCGUCAGAGCGCGGUUCACACACGCUUUAGUCCUCCAAACGCUUUUUUUUUUUUUUAAAGUGUUGAUAGAAAAUGGGCGUGUCAGGGAGAAGAAGUCUAGCUUCGUUUUCUUCUCUGACAGGCUUCGUCGUUGUCUGUGUGCAGAGGUUUUCCGUUUCUUUUUUAUGGAAGAAGAACCUCCCGUCGUCUACACCGGUGCAGCCCAGAGUCUUGACUGUGUGAGGCCUCAUUGGGGAACGAGGCGCGCAGGCCGAGCCGCGUCAACCCGGAGGAGGACGGACUCCAGGCCACCCGGGUCCGGGGGGUCUGUCUGCGUCCGAGCUUUGCGCCUGUGCACUAGCCCUCGAAUGCUUUUCAGUCCCAACUUGCUGUUGUUGCUACCUAGUUUUCCUCGUCUACUCCGUUGUGCUGCAAUGAGCUCCAUCACGGGAACAUUUCAAAUAGAGCAGCCUCUCAACUACCGCGACGGCGUUCGUGUUGAACCUGUAGAUGGGGACCACCAGGAGGAGACAUAUGAACCAGCAACUGGCCGAGUCAUUGGCAAGCUUCUCUUCUCUGGGGAGAAGGAAGUCGAACUAGCUGUGAAGAGUGCACAGGCUGCCUUUCAAAUAUGGAGUCAGAAAUCGGGCAUGGAACGGAGCAGUAUUCUGCUGGAGGCUGCCAGGAUUAUCCGGGAGCGGAGGCAAGAAAUUGCCACCAUGGAAACAAUCAAUAAUGGGAAGUCAAUCUUUGAAGCUCUACUAGACAUUGACACAUCUUGGCAAUGUCUGCAGUAUUAUGCUGGCCUAGCUGGUUCUCUGGCAGGUCAGCACAUCCAGCUCCCUGGAGGAUCCUUUGCUUACACCAGAAGAGAACCUCUUGGAGUGUGUGUUGGGAUUGGAGCCUGGAACUACCCUUUCCAGAUUGCCUGCUGGAAGUCAGCCCCUGCUUUAGCCUGUGGUAAUGCCAUGGUCUUCAAGCCUUCUCCCUUUGCCCCUGUCUCCACUGUGAUGUUGGCGGAGAUCUACAAUGAAGCUGGUAUACCCAAGGGACUUUUCAAUGUGGUGCAAGGUGGAGCUGCCACAGGCCAGUUUCUGUGCCAGCACCCAAAUGUGGCCAAGGUCUCUUUCACUGGGAGUGUACCUACAGGCAUCAAGAUUAUGGAGUUGGCAGCCAAAGGGAUCAAACCAGUUACUCUGGAGUUAGGGGGAAAGUCCCCCCUCAUAAUUUUCUCUGACUGUGUCCUAGAGAAUGCUGUGAAAGGAGCCCUUAUGGCCAACUUCCUCACCCAAGGCGAGGUUUGCUGCAAUGGCACUCGGGUGUUUGUACAACGUGAGAUCCUGCAGGCCUUUGUCAAGGAAGUUGUGAAAAAAACCCAGCAAAUCAAAAUUGGAGAUCCCCUGCUGGAAGACACAAGAAUGGGAGCACUUAUCAACCGCCCCCACUUGGAAAAAGUGUUGAGCUUUGUUAGACAAGCAAAGGAGCAGGGUGCAGAGGUGCUGUGUGGAGGGGAUGCAUAUGUACCAGAUGACCCCAAGCUGAAAGAUGGCUUUUACAUGUCUCCUUGCGUACUAGGAAACUGUAAGGACAAAAUGACAUGCGUGAAGGAGGAAAUUUUUGGGCCUGUCAUGUCCAUCCUGUCUUUUGACACAGAAGAGGAAGUCCUAGAAAGAGCCAACGACACCCGUUUUGGCUUGGCAGGAGGAGUCUUCACCAGGGAUAUACAGCGGGCCCACAGAAUAGCAGCUGGUCUCCAGGCUGGGGUGUGCUUCAUCAACAAUUACAAUGUCAGUCCUGUGGAGGUGCCCUUUGGAGGAUACAAAAUGUCAGGGUUUGGCCGAGAGAAUGGCAGAGCAGCAAUUGAGCAUUACUCCCAGCUGAAGACUGUCUGUGUGGAAAUGGGCAACGUGGAAUCGGUGUUUUAAUCACUCCGACUUGCCAACUGCUUCCAGUUACCAAUCAGGUGAAGUGCUCUGUGCCAUGAAGGUGACUGAAAUAGGUCACCAUGUUGCUGUCUCCCUACUCUUUUGCAUCCCCUUGUUUUCCUCUGCACUUUUCACUUGAAAGAGCGCAUAGUGGAGAAAGAAGAAACAGCUUGCCAGAUGAAAGGAAGACCUCCUGCAGCUGCUCAUUCAACUCCUGUUAUGCCUCCUGUCUGAUUUUUUCAGGCCUUGGGAGCAAUAGGAGAAAGUUUCAGUAGUCUGUCUCAGAGGUGCCUGCUUCCCCUUACAAAGGGUGAGGCUGCACAACUCUUUGCUGGCACUCUAAUCAGCUGUUAUCUGACACCUUGUUGCCUGUGGGCAAUAACUGGUCAUCUGGCACAGAGAAAGUUGUUUGUAUCUCUUAUGCUUUUUCUGGUCAAAUAAAGGAACUGACUUUAA